GUCAGAAUGGCAUCACAGACACCGAGUCAGGACUUGUUAGCCCAACAAGUGGCGACGAUUGUGCUCAACACGCCGGCAUUGGCGGAGAAAUUCGCACAGGAGGAACUAGAAAAGCAAGCGAAGAAACUCGCACAAAAGGAGCUAGAAAAGCAAUGCUUUUGUGAAGAGUUGAAAGUCUCGGCGAAAAGGAAAAUGAUUUCUCUUUUGGAAAAGACAAAGGAGAAGCACACAAUUGUGAUUUUCGCUUACAAUCAGCGCUUCCUGAUUCCCACUGGUGAGCACUUCAUACCAUCUCGAAACCCACCUCGAGAAGAAGAAGCAGGAGGACAGCCGGAGCACGAAUCUCGGCACAUUUUUUCUUCGCAGGAUGAAGCUCAUUGUUUAACUGCUCACACUUUGGACAAGUGGGUGAAAAAUACAUUCGAGGAAUUGGCCAGUGGGUGGUCGGUUGCUGGCGUGGAGGGACCUGAAGAAGAACUCGUGUCCACGGGCGAGUACGAAAUAGCGAACCUUGACGAGCCCUAUGUCGACAUUUUUCCUUUUGGAGACGCCCCAUGUCCGCCGCGGCCGCGUAGGACCCUCUUAGCGAGCGAUACGAAAUCAACUUUCACGUCCUUGGGCUUCUGCCGAACGCAGCAUAUGAUAAUCGUCAACCAACGGGUCCAUAGCCACGAAAAGCAGAAGUACAUAUCUUCACGUGUAGCGGAAAUUGACAAAUUGAUGGUGCACGACACUCCCGCAUCUUCACCGCGAAGUUCAGCUGUCUCUCUUGCGUCGAAUUUCCAGCCAUUGAUCAUGCGGCUUGAUGUCGUGGAGAUUCGCAUUUGCAACGAUGGUGCAGACCAAGAGGACGCGAUCAAGUUCAAUGGGAAACGUGCCAUCGUUGAGGAUGUGCAGAUCUCUUCGGACGGCGAGUCCUUCGUUGAUGUAAAAAUUCCGCUACUCAACAACCUUCGGCGGACAUUCUCCGUGCAUGACGUGCGGCGGCUGGACGACUGCCCGUUCUUUGAGCACGAUGACGAGCUUCUGGCAGCACUGGCGGUAGAGACCGGCGCCGACGCCGGUGGCGCAGAGGACGCCCGGGCAGCAGCCUCCGAGUUACUUGAUAAACUGAGGGCCGCGCACGACAACGGCACCGCCGCUUCCGACGCGCGCAACAAGUUGCGAAGCGCAGUAACUCGGGCAAAAGAGCUGCUAAACCGGCGUUGCGUUGGGGCGAAAGAUCCCAGCGAUCCGGGGGUCACGGCAGCUAGCUCUACAACAGAAAACGAGACGAACUAUUUCCUGCGGGGAAAAGUGCGGAACCAGUUAAAGAAGGCAGUCCAUUUUGCUGAACACCGGAUUGUUUUGGCGUCCGAGAAGCCAAGCGAGUGCGAAAAUAAACAAGACGAAGCUGUUUCAGGUCGUGACAGUCGAGUAGCCCGACUGUCGACUUACAAAAACUGCUACACAGAAGAGCGGCAUGACCAGUUACUUCAGUUCAUCGCGGAUGUACGCGAUCGAAGAGAAAAGGAUGAGGAUGAAUGUCGCAGACUCCGAAGACAGUGCAAGCUCCCCGACACGAAAAGUUCUCGGAUAUCGUCGUUGGUUCCGGGCAGUCUCGGAAAGAUGACAACGCAAAAAAGUCUUGCGCACUCGUUAUCGACGGUGCUGCUGCGAUGCGUGCGCCGUUUCAAGCAUAUUCACGUUCCUGGGUCGACUUGCGAUGACUUUCUGCUCGAGAACGAAGAGACGAGGCGCAUCCUAUUUCAGAUUGGUUGGCUCUUUGAGUUUUUGGGGCGAGAACCGAAACACGACAAAGCGGGCCGCCGUUUGUUCCUCCUCCGCGCGCUUGCCGUAUCUUUUUUCGCUCAAGCGGUGCCGGACGUCAUCGCGGACCGUCUGCAGUGGUGUGUUCCGUGUUCAGUGUACUCCUCGCGAGAAGGAACAGAUGAAAGCUGGCUUUAUCUGUUCUGGCAUCCGUCGUCCGGCCCAAUUGUAACGUUCAUGCAAUUGCCUACGCCCUCGUCCUCCGAUAAGGAUACGCAAUGCUGGAGCAGUGCUCGACAGGACAUGCACAAGUUUCUCCACACGGACCGCGUCCCCUUGUAUGAUGUUGGAAAUAGGAGCAUGACCGUCGAUGCGGGUGUCGGAAAGAAGAAGAAGAAAAAGCACCAGAAACACGACGAUGAUCCUCUGUGCGAUGAUACAGUUCUCUGUGGAUUCCUGGCGUCAAUCAAACCUUUCCAGCAAAGUUUUGUCGAGAUUGAGACCGGUUCCUUUCUAGCCGUUGAAGUCGUGGACUUUCAGGAGUUUAUUACGGCUGGCAAGAGAAAUUGUAAAAUGUUGUCUGUCCUCGGGACCGCGGCCAAGCGGCUGGAGGAGAGAGAAGGCCCGCUGUCCGAAACAGAGAAGGAACAGCUACAUGCCGAGAUUAUUGCCGACCUAUCAAACCAUCAGUACCAUUUCGCGCAGGCGCACAUCCUUUUUGGAAACCGCAACGAAGUCUCCGGCAUGCGGAAGCAAUUCCUUUCCCGCACUAACACGGCAGAGGAGAUCGCUUUCUUCGGUAAACGCGACGAAAACGGCGCGCUUCUGGACAAAACCGACUACGAUGUUGGAUGGAAUUUGAAGCGGAUGCAUUGGCUUACGGCUAUGGGCGAGCGUCGGCAGCGCGCGUGCUUCGGUGCUUUGUUCCACGGUGCCGGUAGUUGCGGUCCUUGUUCUUCUGCCCCGGGCUUCUCUCACGCGUUUCAUCCCCAUGCGUCGGCGUCACCGCAAUGGAUUGUGCUCGGGGACUCCACACCGCUGGACCAACAAAUUAUUACGGCGCUCGAGGAGUACCUGGUUCAGAAUUCUCUUCUCGGUUUCGUGGACCAAAAUCGACGCUGCAUCACUGGCCACAUUCCGUUUGCCCUGCCAGUCCCAGAAGACCCGAUGGACAAAUACUUGGAGAACCUUUUUUGGAGCGACAUCGAUGACGAUGGCGCACCCGCAUCAAGGACGGUCGGCGCAGAGGAUCUGAAUGCCGCCGAGCUCGUGCAGGCCGCCCUGAUAGGCUGGGACGAUCCGGAGGCCCUGGAACAAGUGCUAGGUGACUGCAGUCAGAGCCUCUUCGGCCCGGAGCUGGACUGUUUGCAGACCGAGGCGGCUGCACUGAUCAAGCAAGGGCUCGAUGACAAGCUGCGGGACCUUCACGUGCAGGCGGCGGAGCAUUUGGUGCCAAAAGCAAAGAUUAAAACUCGUGGUGAAGCCGGAAAAUUCAACCUUCACACCGCUCGCGAUCGCGCACGGAAAUUUCGGGAAGCCUGGGAAGAGAAUAACGGAGAAGACGCUGAUGAAGCAACGGGGCGGUCUGUGCGCAAAUGCGGUCUGCGUUGGGUGGAUGCGAAUUCAUCUGCAGGAGCGAGUAAAGUUGUAGACACGGCUCCGAGUGGUCUUGGCUCCGCGGAUGGGGCUGGCAGCAGUAACUACAUUGAAGAUGAUCGCCUGGAACGCGUUCGGGCGGUACUCAACGUGCUUGCGCAGAAGCGAAUGAAGUGGCGGCAGACGAAGCGUGGGCUGCAUCUUUUGCGAAGGGUGGGAGUGAUUGGGAUUGAUACCGAUCCCGAGUCCGGUGUCAAGCAGUUGCGUCUGAACACCCGCGGGUCGCAUCAGAUUCUCCAUGGACCUGGAGGCGCCGCAACUUUGGUGAGGGAUCACAAAGGAAGCGCACCGCUUACGGGGAGACAGUUCGUGGAGAGUAUGAAAAAAGUCGCUGAAAUUGGUGUAGAUUCAGAUCAGUCAAAAAUCGGCGGUAGUUGAAGAACCUACAACUAAUGAAUCGAUUUGUUUGCUGUGUGCCCCCAUUCUUGAAAUUGAACCAACACCUCCACUCGCAAUAGCAUAAUUCAUCUGUUCGAGCAGUGGCGAAAGAUGUUGUGGUC